GUUUGGUCGGAUUGCCUUUUUCGUCAACAGGAAACACAUGUUCCUGACAGUUCUGCGAGUUCCUGCAGUAUUCCUGAACUUUGGUCAUCUAGGAUUUGCAUUGUGAGAAUGGUUGUUGUGAAGGAAAUAGAAGAAAAUGGAGAAAAUAUGGCAGCUGCAGCUGAAGGCAGUAGCACCACUCCAAGCAGCUAUCCAAAAUUGAAAGAUCAGCAAACUUCUGACUUGCAUACAAGUUCAAAACCUCUUUCUGCUAGUGAUGAUAAAAGUCUUCAGACACGUGAAAUUCAGGAUCUUAGUAGUGCAGUAGAUGCUAACAGCAGUACAGAUGGACAUUCUACAGCUAAACUAGAGCAACAAGCAGCUGUGGCCAACAGCAAAACAAAAGGUAAAUCUGAGAGUUUGAGUACUCCAAAAAUGAAAACUGUCGGUAAAAAACAGUUGAAAUCUGUGAGCAUGCAGCAAGCUGAGAUAUCCAGUAGCAAAAAUAAGGUUAAUCCUGAUGCAUCUCAAAGGGCCAAAAGAGAAUUGAAAUCUGUGAGUAUGCAACAGUUUGACACACCCAGUGGCAAGGGUAAAGUUGUUCCUAAUACAUCUCACAAAGUUAAAAAAGAAUUGAAAUCUUUGAAUAUGGAACAAUUUGAUACACCCAGUAGCAAGGGAAAAGUUGAUCCUGAUACAUCUCAAAAAGAAUUGAAAUCUUUGAAUAUGGAACAAUUUGAUACACCCAGUAGCAAGGGAAAAGUUGAUCCUGAUACAUCUCAAAAAGAAUUGAAAUCUUUGAAUAUGGAACAAUUUGAUACACCCAUUAGCAAGGGAAAAGUUGAUCCUGAUGCAUCUCAAAAAGAAUUGAAAUCUUUGAGUAAGCAACAAUUUGAUACACCCAGUAGCAAGGGUAAAGUUGAUCCUGAGACAUCUCACAAAGUUAAAAAAGAAUUGAAAUCUUUGAGUAUGCAACAGUUCGAUACACCCAGUGGCAAGGGUAAAGUCGAUCCUGGGACAUCUCACAAAGUUAAAAAGGAAUUAAAAUCUGUGAGUAUGCAUUCAUUUGACACACCCAGUGGCAAGGGUAAAGUUGAUCCUGAUACAUCUCACAAAGUUAAAAAAGAAUUAAAAUCUGUAAGCAUGAAUCAGUCAGAGUUGUCGGGUAUAAGCAGCAAUGGUAAGGUUACUCCUGAUACAUGUCACGUUAAAAAAGAAUUGAAAUCUGUCAGCUUGCAACAACCUGAUCUACCCCUUGGCAAAGAGAAGAGUGGUGGUAAAACAUCAAAAUCUUCAAGUCGGCAGUCUGCUGCUGUGGUAGAACUACAAGGUGAAAAAGUGCUAGAGAGUGCCACUACAAAGGAAACUAAUAAAAUGGAGGAACAAAGACCUGGUCUUGAGAAAUCGGAGGUAGGUGUUGCAGAAAUAAAAGAAAACCAGAAAAAAACAAAAAACAAAGCUAAGAAAGUUUCUAAAGCCAAAAACACAGAUGCUUUAAAAAAGCAAACACCAUCAGUCCAUGAUCAGAUUGCGAAAAAUGGCAAUUUAGAUGUUGAGAAAAGUGUAUCUCCACCACCAUCUGUAGGUGUUUUCACAUCUGACAUAUCCAAAGGAACUGAUAAUAUCUGCUGCAAUAACAUUGAGAAUGUUGCUGACAUUUGUGACAAAGUCUCAUCUACUGUAAAGGAAACAUCAGAAGACAUGGACACAGCUAGUAAUAACCAGAGUGAAUCAGUAGGCGCACAAAAUAAGAAUGAAUCAGUUGAUACAAAUAUUUGUACUGGCAAGACUAUUCCUGUAGUCAAGUUUGAAGCCUUAGGGGAACCAUCCCAGUCAAUAUCAGAAGAGGUGAAGCCUACUUCUGCAGGAAAAACCACUGAACAGUUAAGACCAGUCUUUAAUUCAAAACACUGGAUCAAAAAUGUAACAGAGAGAUUAAAAAGGGUUGAACUUCAUGAUGAAGUAAUGUUGGAAUUUUCACAGUGCAAGACGGAUACCCAACGAUUUGCUUGUUUGUACAUGCAACCUGCUGUUCAUGAAGUAAUUCAUGUUGAGGAAUGGAACAAGGAAAAGUCUGAAGUACAGGCCCGGGUACUCCGAACAUCAGGUAAUAAGUCAUAUCAAAGGAAACAGUUUAAAGAAUCUCUUGAAAUGUAUACAGAAAGCAUACUGAAGGCACCUGUUGAAGGUGAUAGUUCUGAGUUAGCUCUUGCCUUUGCUAACAGAUCUGCAGUGUUUUAUCACCUGAAAAUGUAUGCUCUUUGUUUGCAAGACAUUCACUUUGCAUUGAAGUAUGGCUACCCAGAACACAACAGGUACAAACUUUUUGAAAGAAAAGGAAAAUGCUGUUACCAUCUGAAAAUGAAAGAGGAAGCCAUUUCUGCAUUUGAGCAGGCAAUUGAGUUUGCUGAAAAGGCCAAGCUCUCAGACUUAAAAAUAGACAGACUUGUGCGUGAUCUUGAAAAGGAACUCGAUCAGGUUGAAAAGAUAAAUAUGAGCUGUAAGGAAAUUCCCUCUGUUAACACUUUUAACAAUAACCAUGGUCCAGUCCCUUCGGUUGAAGGAAAAGUGAGCUACCAAUUUCCAUACAUGACAUCAAAUGUUGUUUUGAAAUAUACUGAAGAAAGAGGUCGAGGAUUGUUUGCUGAACGAGACAUAGAGGUAGGGGAGGUUCUGAUUGUUGAGAAACCUUACAAUUCAGUGUUACUGAAGGGAUACGAGAUGAACCAUUGUCACCACUGUUGUAAUAGCCUUUUGGCUCCUCUUCCUUGUCAUCAGUGCAGUGGUGUAGCCUUUUGCAGUGAGGAGUGUCGAGUUAAGGCCUGGGACUUGUACCACUAUGCUGAAUGCAAGUAUCUGGUUCUCAUAGAGAAAGCAGAAAUUGGAAUGUCUCACCUGGCCCUCCGCAUGGUCCUUCGAGCUGGAUUUAACUAUAUUAAGCAAUAUGAGCAGAAAAAGGAAGAUACCAUGUAUCCUUUGCUGAAAGGUUGCAACAAAGAUGGCAGAUAUGAUUCAUCAGACUACCAUACUGUGUUCAACCUAGAAGGUCACAGCAAGGAUAGAUCUGUUACUGACCUUUUACAGCGUACACUUACAGCUAUAUUUCUGAUCAAAUGUUUGAAGCGCACAUCAUACUUCCCACCAAUUACAGCAGAAGAGUCAGCCAGUGAUUUUGGUAAAGAUGAAGAUGAGGAACAUGCCUUGAUUGGAAGUCACAUCCUUAGACACAUACAGAUGCUGCCUUGCAAUGCCCAUGAGGUUUCAGAGUUGGAGUGGAAUUCCUCGGACUUUGAGCUCUCAGAGGUGUGUGAAUUUGGAUCGGCCAUCUACCCAGUCCUCAGUCUGAUUAAUCACUCCUGUGAUCCGUCUGUUGUUCGACAUUCAUAUGGUGAUGUGUGUGUGGUAAGAGCCAUCCGAAAUAUCUACAAACACGAAGAGCUUUUUGACAGCUAUGGUGCAUUGUAUGCUACAACCAAUAAGUCCCAGCGGCAAGAAAAGCUUUUAUCUCAGUAUUACUUUCAUUGCAUCUGUGUAGCCUGCCAGAAUGAUUGGCCAGCAUAUACCGAUAUCCCUCAGGAAUGUCCAGUCCUGAAGUGCAAAAAAUGCUUUGGGCCAAUAUUUAUUCCAUCUGAUGGAAAGAAUGAAAGGGCAAUGUGUUCAUCAUGCCGAGAGGUACAUGACAUUACACAUGAUCUUCUGCAUCUGUCAAGAUCUGAAGAACUUUAUCAGGAUGCCUUGGAGAAGACUCUGAAGGGAAAGGACUUGGAGGAAUGCUUGCCAAUCUUAAUCAAACACCUGCGUCUGUUGGAUCCACUACUGUGCCGACCUUGGCGAGAUUACAACAACUGUCAAGAGGCCAUAAAACAGUGUUACAGCACUAUGGCCAACUGUAUGAAGGGAAGAAAAGAUUAAUGCGGUUGAAGCGGGUUUCAUCAAACACUGGUUCAUUAAAAUCAGUAUUGAACAGAUCUAGCUGAUUUGUGUGAUCAAGACACCAUGCUUGGUACUAGAAUGAAUAUAACUUAUAAUAUUUUCAGCUGAAGUAACAUUUGUUUCAGUUAAAGGGACAUUCCUGAGUUUGAUGCAUUGUAAGAUGUUUCCGACUAAUAAAAUAUUUCUACGAUUAAAUUUAUAUAUUAAAUAUAUUUUC